AAUGCCAUUAGUAUCAGGGGUGUGCUGAACCCCUACUGUAUGCAAAUUAUGACUCGGCUUUGCUUUGUGGAUCGAGUCGAUCCUGGCGCCAUGCGAGUUAGAUCGCAGAAGGGUGACAUGACCCUUAGCAAAAUUACAGCAGCAUGUGCGAAGGAGCUGAGAACUUUUAUGAAGAAAUCUCCUCCUACUACUUCAACUUUGUCACUGUCGAAGACCGAGUGUGAAAUGGCGUGUUCUGAGACCUACGCCGCAUGUGCCAAACGUCAAGGGGUCCCAGAAGGUAAAAAGAAAGAGGGUUCUGGUCUAGCUUCUGCUGCAGAAUCAUCCCCUGAUAAGUCCAGCUUAUCGCGCAGAUCUUCCCGUAUUCAAGGGUGAUUGUCCACGCCUUCUGACGCUCUCCAGAUUCAGCCUCUUCAACAAGUGCCUUUGCCUACAGACGCCUUAGGAAAAAGAAAGGAGUGUGAGUAAUCCUCUGGUGAAGAUUCGGACGAUGGGAAGUGCAUUUUGUCCAAGCUUCGGAUCCCAAAGGGUUCUGUCUCCACUGUUCAAGGAUCUCCCCUUGCAAUCCCCAAACUUACCCCAGGAAAGUUACCAAAAGGCCAGGCUCUAACGUUGUGCAAGAAGCCACGAGGAUCUGCUCCCGCUGGAUCUUUACCCGGGGCGUCUUCUACCUCACAUGUAAUUGGGUCUUCCUUGGAGGCAAGCUCAGAAGGGGUGGCUCAUGCAACGGGCGUUUCUUCUUCUCCGUCUAAAUCAUCAGAAGUGGUGACUGGAGAUGGAGUGCAGGGUGGCUUACCAGUUGAGGCGAAGACUCCUGUCAUUUGUAUGAAGUCGUCAGAGGCAUUACCCUCUGCUUCUGAUUUGGUUGAAGGGUCUGACACUGGCCGUAAGCGUGGCUCAGAGGGGAGACGUCCUUCUUCUGCCUCUCGUAAGAACAGGCUUCUGGAGGAUGCUUUCAGAGGGGGUUUUGAGUCUACGAACACCCCUCCUCUGUCGGUUGAGCCAAGUAUGACCGCCGUUUCUGAAACUACCCCUAGAUGUCAGGAAUCAGGGGCUGCCGAAGUAACAGGUGUUGACACUCUCAAUGUUGACGUUUCCUUAUUACCACCUGUUGCUUCUGAGUCUCAUCCAGGAGAUGUCAUUGUUGUGUCUCCGAAGGGUACUAGUACUUUUGAGUCUCCUAGUGCUUUCUUGGAGCAGCUAACGUCUUCUGCCGUGUAGACGCCGAUGUACCUUCCAAGUGAUUUGGGUGAAGAUGAUAGCUUACUUGUACGCCCUUCCAAGAUGUAUUCUUCUGGAGUGGGAACAAUUGCGCUGGCGUCUGAUAGUGUUAUGGUGUCGACGUUAGCAGAAGGUGGGAAGCCGGCUGCCCCCAUUGCUUCUGCAACUGCAUUAGUAGGGGGAGAAGCAAAUGACAGAGUAGGAGUAGUUUCAGAAUAUGGUCCUUCUGCGUCUACGGAAGUGAUGGAGGAAAUGCUACGUAUAAGCAGACCCUAUCUACCUACAUAAGCAAUUGGAUCAUUGAGUGGGCAAGGUGAUUUGCUGCAGCAAGUAUCAGACCACAUUUGGAUGAGCUAUGUAUGCGCUUCUGCUGUAAGGCGAGAAUAUGCGGCGGCUAUACAGAAUGGCUCUAAAUUGGCGGAGUAGAUGGUGAAGUUAGAAGAGGAGCGGGCGGGGAGAAUGAUGGCUGAAGCAAAUCGGGAUGUGCUUGUGGAAGCCAUCAAGAAGUUAGAGGCAGAGAUGGCAGAGGCUAAAAAGAAGGUGACCACCACAGAGGAGAAGCUGGUAGGCACUGUCGGACUCGAAGUAGAGUGAGACAAACUGAAAGCUGACUUGGUGGGUAUGACCAAUAAGUGGAUGGAGAAAAAUCAAGUCUGCGUACAGCAUGAAGCCCGCCUGGAGAAGCUUAGCAGUAUGAUGAAUGACCUUGAGGAGGAUAUAGUGUCGUUGCAGACUGAUAUAGAGAUCCUAGAAAAAGAGAAAAAAGAACUGCAGAGAAAGUCAAAUGAGCUUGAGGCUAACGCGGCGGAUGCCAAGAAGCAGAAGCUGGAGACUGAACUUCAUUUAGGGAAGAAGUUGAAGGAAGCAGAAGAGGCGGUGAUCGGAGCCAAGAAGCAGUUGGAGGAGAUGGCUGAGAGGGUAGCAGAGGCGGCGAUUGAAGCCACAAGGUAGCGCAUCCGAGAUCGUGAGAUCACUGAACGCAAACUUUGUGAGGGUGGCUGAGGUAGAUACUGCGAAGUAUCUUGAUCUAGCAUUAUGCAAUAAGAAGCAGACCCCAGAGGAGAAAUGGGCAAAACUCGAGAUGUAUUGUAAAAGCGUCGAUGUGAAAAUAGGAGAGUAUGAUGUCGACGAGUAUUUGAAUGAACUCGGGGAUCUGCAGAUUUCCUAUCCGGCUUGUCAUCUUGAGAAGUUGAAGUUGAGGGGCGACGCGCUGGGGUCGAUGUAUAAUGCCAACUGGGAAGCUGUUGAAGAUGGUGUUGUCAAUGAGGCUUCUGAAUAGAAGGCAGUAGAAUCCGUGCCAGUUGCAGAGGCCAAGCCAGAUG